UUCUACCGGCCGUUCCUGAAACAGCUUUACGCACGAUGGAGGUCCACAUCCUCGUGCAGGAAGUGCUCACGGACUGAGAUGGCAGACCUCGCUCCCCGGGAAAAUGAGCCUGUGAUAUAUUUCCUGUGGAAAGAGGAAGGAGCCAACAUGAAGGAAAAUGUGGCAUCUAGAGUGGUUUUCAUUUUGCUACUUUUUCUCAACGCCAGCCUUCUGAAUGGACAGUCACCUCCUGGAAAACCCAAGAUCAUUAAAUGUCGUUCUCCUGGAAAGGAAACGUUCACCUGCUGGUGGGAGCCAGGGGCAGAUGGAGGACUUCCUACCAAUUACACGCUGACUUACCACAAGGAAGGAGAGACACUCAUCCAUGAAUGUCCAGACUACAAAACUGGGGGCCCCAACACCUGCUACUUUAGCAAGAAGCACACCUCCAUAUGGAAGAUAUACGUCAUCACAGUAAACGCCAUCAACCAGAUGGGAGUCAGUUCCUCGGAUCCACUUUAUGUGGAUGUGACUUACAUAGUUGAACCAGAGCCUCCUGCGAACCUGACUUUGGAAUUAAAACAUCCAGAAGAUAGAAAACCAUAUCUAUGGAUAAAAUGGUUUCCACCCACCCUGACUGAUGUAAAAUCUGGUUGGUUCAUGAUCCAGUAUGAAAUUCGAUUAAAACCUGAGACAGCAACUGAUUGGGAGAUUCAUUUUGCUGCGAAGCAGACUCAGCUUAAGAUUUUCAGCUUAUAUCCAGGACAGAAAUACCUUGUGCAGGUUCGCUGCAAGCCAGACCAUGGAUAUUGGAGUGAGUGGAGCCCAGAGAGCUCUAUCCAGAUACCUAAUGACUUCCCAGUGAAUGAUACAACCGUGUGGAUCUUUGUGGCCGUCCUUUCUGCUGUCAUCUGUUUGAUUAUGGUCUGGGCAGUGGCUCUGAAGGGCUAUAGCAUGAUGACCUGCAUCCUCCCACCAGUUCCAGGGCCCAAAAUAAAAGGAUUUGAUAUUCAUCUGCUGGAGAAGGGCAAGUCCGAAGAACUUCUGAGAGCUCUGGAAAGCCAAGACUUCCCUCCCACUUCCGACUGCGAGGACUUGCUGAUGGAGUUCAUAGAGGUGGAUGACAGUGAAGACCAGCAGCUGAUGCCACGCCCCUCCAAAGAACACAUGGAGCAAGGCGUGAAGCCCAUGCACAUGGAUCCUGACAGUGACUCUGGCCGGGGCAGCUGUGACAGCCCUUCGCUCUUUUCUGAAAAAUGUGAUGAACCUCAGGCCCAUCCCUUCAAGUUCUAUACUCCUGAGGGCCCUGAGAAACUGGAGAAUCCCGAAACAAACCUUACAUGUCUCCAGGCCCCUCAGAGCACGAGCAGGGAAGACAAAAUCCCCUAUUUUCAUGCUAACGGACCCAAAUCUUCCACAUGGCCUUUCCCGCAGCCACCCAGCCUGCACAACCCCAGAUAUUCUUACCACAACGUUGCUGACGUGUGUGAGCUGGCCCUGGGCAUGGCAGGUACCACAGCCACUUUGCUGGACCAAACAGACCAACAUGCUUUAAAGCCCUCGAAAACCAUUGAGACUGGUGGGGAAGGAAAGGCAGCCAAGCAGAAGGAGUCAGAAGGCUGCAGUUCCAAGCCUGACCAAGACACGGAGUGGCCACUGCCCCAAGACAAAACCCCCUUGAUCUCUGCUAAACCCUUGGAAUAUGUGGAGAUCCACAAGGUCAGCCAAGAUGGAGUGCUGGCUCUGUUCCCAAAACAAAAUGAGAAGGUCGGCGCCCCUGAAACCAGCAAGGAGUACUCGAAGGUGUCCCGGGUGACGGAUAGCAACAUCCUGGUGUUGGUGCCAGAUCCUCAAGCGCAAAACCUGACUCUGUUAGAAGAACCAGCCAAGGAGGCCCCGCCAGCCCUGCCAUAGAAUCCAGCCGAGGCUGACCUGGCUGUCUCCCCUGCAACCCCAGGCAACUGCAGACUCCAGUUGGGUUAGGGACUGGGUCCCACAGGUUUUAUGCACUCUUGCAGUGAGAGUUAUGGAAGGAUGGGUUGAACUGUGAUUUUCCUUCAGGGAACACUACAGAGUACGUGAAAUGCACUCUCGCAGAGAGGGCUCAAGAGCAGGGUUAGAAUGACACUACCCAACUCCCAGUUCACUCUUCAUUCUCUGUAUUUCCAACCAGUUGCCUCUUUUUCCAACAGCUGAUUCCAGAACAAAUCGUUCCAUCUUGUGUGAUUUGUAGAUUUACUUUUUACUAUUACUUAUCAGAUUAUGUGUUCAAUGAUAUAGAAGCACAUUGCCUAGUAUUCUUGAGAGACAGUGCCAACAGGUGUAUUCUCUGGAAAAGGCCUUCAUGGUUUUGUAUGUGACAGAGGGGUAUAAGUCAGUCAAAAUUGUUUACCAUGGGAAGAUGGUAGAUAGGAGAGAAAUGCCAUGAAAACCACUCUUGAAGACCAGUUGCUUAACCUUUGCACUCCUCUUUCAUUUUAUUAGGAUUAACCAAAUACAAUGCACUUAAAAAGUUUCAUUCUAGAACACCUGACAAAUUGUUUACAUCCGUUCCUAUUACCUUAAUGACACAUUGCCAAUAUGCAAGUAAACAGGAUGCCUCCAGUUUUUUCUUAAAAUCGUUUGAAUUUAUUAAGCAUGGAUUUUACCCCUAAAUUGUAUAUCAUUCUGAAACUUCUAGAGAAUAGGGUUUUAGAAAGUGAAAUUUUCUUACACAGGAGGCAAAUGAGUUUCAUGUGGUGAAUCCUUCUAAAAUGUUUUCCUGUUUUAUUUCAGCAUGAUAGAUAAUUUAUUACACACCCUAGUCUUCUGUUAGUGAAAAAAAAAGUCCCAAAAGACUAACUUUAAUUUAAAAUAUAAUCAUAGCAGGAUGCUAACAGAAGUAUUGCCUUACUGUAUAUACAAAUUCUACUUUAAUAUAAACCCAUAAAUUUAACAAUGUAUUUUUGAAGACUAUUUUUCUAUCACUUAAGUAAAAUAAAAGACUAUUUUCUAUCUUCCCAGUACAGCCUGUUUACGUAUUCAGCGGGUACAGUAUUUUCUGCUAUGAGGUUAUAAUGAGUAUUUUCAGUACACGGUGAUAUAUGCAGUCCCUGUUUGUGGAAUAAAAUGCCAUACCAAGCCAAAGCCCAUUGAGGAAUAGGAAGUGGAUGACAAAAUUCGAUUUCCAACAUAGUGUAGUAUAGUUUUUCUGAUUCUUUUUAUCUCCAGGAUACUUUAAACAGCAAUCAAGAAACUAGAGUUUUAGGACUCUCCACAGACUGAAAAUUACUUCUCUUGUAAUUUAGGGCCACUCUGGGGGUUCUGCUCUUCUCUGGGUGAAAAUUUUCACUUCUCUGUGAAAUUUUCACUUCUCUGGGUAAAAAUUCAUAAAGAUGAAAUUUUCACUUCUCUGGGUGAAAAUUUAUAAAGAUGAAAAAGGAGAGUGGGAACACCUAACAUACUGCCUUAGAGAGAGAGAGUUCUGGUUUUGUUUUUCUGAGCAAUCUUGGGCAAAUCCAUUGGUGUGUUUACUUCUUAAGCUGGAACACAAAGAAUCUGAGCUCCCUCUGUGAGUUAGAUAUUCCAGCCCAAUAAGUCCAUCUUGACAGGAACGGGACUCCAAGGUUGGCUGAUGUGUGAAAGUGAACACACUGCCAGAGCUCCCAGAAAUGCAAAAGUAACAUAUCUGAGGCUCUAUUCUCCCAAUACACACACAACCAGUUAACAGUGAGGGAGCCGUUGGGGAAGAUUGUCCAAGUUUAUUAGCCCCCUAGAUCCUUGCUACUCAAAAUAAGGUCUGAGGACCAGCCAUACCCGCAAGUAUGGGCGCUGCUUGGAAAUGCAGAAUCUCUACCCUCGCCACCCCCACCCACCAGAAUCUGCAUUUUGCUAAGAUCCCCAGAUGAUUCAAGUACACAGUGAAGUUUGAGAAGCAUUGCCCUAGCAGAUCAUUUCCACUAAAGCUGAUUUUAGUGCCUGGAGCAGUUCUUUCCUGGAAAGUACAGGUCGAGUCUGUUUGACUUGCAGUGAACAGUACUGUCAUAAAAAGGUAUCAUUUUAAAAAAUCUGUUAGUGGUUUGGUAUUCACAUAAUGGAAGAGAAUGAUCUGCAAAAGCACAUACAACUUCUAAGAGGGUCAGGGAAUAUAUCCCACCUUGAGAAGCAUUGACCAAAGACUUGGACCUUCAAAGCCAGCACAGACCAAAUCUUUCUCAAUAUAGUCCCGUCUCCUCCAAGAUGCCUAUGAACCGCUCUGAUAGUGUGAAAUUCUGAUAGAAUUCAAAAAUAGUCUUUUGAUGUAUAAUUUGGCAUAUAUGGAAAAAACUGUCAUGGCUGAAGACUCAAACUAAAUUCUUUAAAAAACACCAGUUAGUAAGUAGAUUACUGUCAAUCAUUAAGUAAAGCCACGGCUAUAAUUCUCGGUCACUUAGCACUCUUUAAUGAAUUGCGUUUUGUUUUUUUUUUCCCGUGGUCUAGCUUAUUUUCUAUCAAGGAGUCCUCUAGUUGAGUGGAAGUGUGCAGAUUAAGAGUCAGGAGACCCAGCUUCUAGUGCUAAUUAUGUUAGCUUAGCUCAACUCUCUUCUCUGGAUCUCAGUUUGCUCUGAAUGAAAUGCUAGGCCAAAUAAUCUAUAACGUCCUUUUAAACUGUGAAUCCUUAAUUCCAUGAUUCACUCAAUAGUGUCCAGCAAAGAUGAUUAACCAAUGCCUUGUAUCAUAAUUAAGCUUACAAAUAAUUGCCCUUUAUCAUAGACACAUGUCCUCUUCAGUGAUGUGCCCAUUUUGUUUCACUUUUUUCUUUUAUUUUUUUAGUUGGAGGACAGUUGCUCUAUAAUAUUGUGUUGGCCUCUGCCACACAUCAACACGAAUCAGCCACAGGUUUAAAUCAUCAAUGCCAACUAAUCCUAACAUAUUGUACAUGCAUUUUACAAAUUAUGUAGGUAUAGAAUCAUAGUCUAAGAUGAUGUGCAAAUAUGUGUGUAGAGAGAAGCAGAGAUUUUUUUUUUUAAAGAUAUUGAAAGAGGCUCUGACUUUUAGGGACAAAAUGCUUUUCUUAUACUAGGCUGCUGAUUCUGGUUUGCAAUUUUUUUGUUGUUGUUGUUUUCAUCUUAUGGAUUAUGAACCACCAUUGCACAGUUGGUGGCAGAGAUUUUAUAAAUCUCUGAUUUAUAAAAAGUCAUAUUUUUAUAAGUAAACACUUCAAGCUACAAACCACAUGGAAAUAGGAUAGCCAGUGGGUGAUUUAUGGAAGCUUAUAGCUCAAACUGCAAAAUCUUCUCUAGUCAGUUCUAGCAAAUGGGUACAAGGCACCUCAGAUGAGCACAAGUCAUAAUCAGUCACGUCGCUGAUAUGUAACUGACUCUCCAUUCUCCUAAGUGCCUAAGGCCAAUCCCAGCUGGUUUGGUCCAAAGUUGGUCAAUCCCUCACCAUCUGUACAAGAUGAAGGAGUUUGACUCUGUCCUGUAGUGACGCAACUGAAAGAGAGAAUCUGAUGAGCAAGCAGAGGCACCUGAGCUCCAGCGUGCAGCUUAGCUGGGGAAGGUCUGUCCCCCAACUUUCUCCAGGCUGCCUGCCACUGCCCAUCACUUGCAGAAAGACGUGAUCCAGCCAGUCAUAAUUUUAUUAUCUCUUUAGAGUAGAUAUGAAAGAAUCAGAUUUGUACACAUUUUACAAAGUGCCUUUUUUUUUUUUUUUGAAGUUUUCUUUUCACAAGAAAAGUGUAUUGAUUAGACAGUAAAUUUUACAUUUUAAGUAAAUGAAUGAAAAAGCCAGAAAGGGAAUCAUUAAAUGGUCUAAGGUCCAAUCAGCAACCAUUGAGUAGAUUUUAAUUUAUUGUUUAAUUGAAUUAACACACAGCUGAUGUGAAUAGUGUAACUUAUUUUGAUAAGAAAUUGACUCUGGCUAAGAUUUUGGAAUAAGUCUGCCACCCUGUUACUUGAGACCCUCAAUUUAAAAACACAUUGAUGCACUUUUAAAUGGCUUUGAAUUGCAUACCAGGGCCUGAAAAGGGCAAUGGCGUACCAUGGAACUUGGCACACGUGCAGAAAGACAUAAAAGCCUCCGGAUUAUGGUCCGCAGAAUUGCUGAUGUAGAUUUGUCAUUGAUGAAAGCCUCUAGUGAACCAAUUUGUUUUUCUGCCUUUUCAGCCCAUGCAUCAUUAAUAUAGUCGCUAGGGUAGUGGGCUGAGCACUCAAUUUCCGGUUGCCAGUAAACAGGCUGUGUGAUCUUAGCAAGUCCUUUAAAAGCUACUCACUAGUUCCCUCAUCUGUUAAAUGAGUGGUUUGGCCUAAGAUGUUUCUAAGACCUCUUCCGGCUCUAACAGUCUUUGAUGCGCAUGAUCUGAGUAAAAUCCAGGGUUUCAGUAAAUGACCCAGGGACAGUUCAGGGAAAUACUGCUGAUGAUCCCUUAGCCUGAAGUAGUGGACAGUGUGGCUUUAACAAUGCUGAAGAGAAAAACAGGUCUACUCCUGCAAGUCCCAUCGAUUUCAUUUAACAUCCUUUGCUCCUCUUCUUAGCUGUCCACCUUGUAGGCUUUUAAUGCUCUCACUUAGGGCCUCCAUUUCUCCUGAGAGUUCAUUAUGUACAGUAGCAACCAUAGGAUUUUCAAGAAACUAAAUUAUUCAUAAAUAAUGACUUUGGCCUGAGUCAAACAUUAAAUUGGCCAUAUAGAUAUCAAGGCCCAAGUUGAAGGUCACAACUUACCUUAUUUACGGAGCCACAGGCUUAGAGAUUCUAGCUCAGUUUCAUCCAUUAAUUCAUUUAUUCAAAGGCCAUUAAUAAAUCCAAGCUACAAUGAAGACUCUGUUGUGGAGGUCUUUUUUUUUUGCUUUAUUUUUAUUUUUAUUUUCACACACACACACACACACACACACACCCCACAUUUUCUUUAUCCAUUCAUCCAUUUAAAAAAAAAUUUUUUUAUAUAUUGUAGUGGUUUUUGCCAUGCAUUAACAUGAAUCAGCCAUGGAUUUACAUAUGUUCCCCUUCCCGAUCCCCACUCCCGCCUCCCUCUCCAUCCCAUCCCUCUGGGUCUUCCCAGUGCACCAGCCCUGAGCACUUGUCUCAUGCAUCCCACCUGGGCUGGUGAUCUGUUUCACCCUUGAUAGUAUACUUGUUUCAAUGCUAUUCUCUCAGAUCAUCCCACCCUCGCCUUCUCCCACAGAGUCCAAAAGUCUGUUCUGUAUAUCUGUGUCUCUUUUUCUGUUUUGAAUAUAGGGUUAUCAUUACCAUCUUUUUAAAUUCCAUAUAUAUGCGUUAGUAUACUGUAUUGGUCUUUAUCUUUCUGGCUUACUUCACUCUGUAUAAUGGGCUCCAGUUUCAUCCAUCUCAUUAGAACUGAUUCAAAUGAAUUCUUUUUAAUGGCUGAGUAAUAUUCCAUGGUGUAUAUGUACCACAGCUUCCUUAUCCAUUCAUCUGCUGAUGGGCAUCUAGGUUGCUUCCAUGUCCUGGCUAUUAUAAACAGUGCUGCGAUGAACAUUGGGGUGCACGUGUCUCUUUCAGAUAAAGUCCUCUAUUGCUCCUCUAUUACUCCUUAAUUUUCAUUUUCAUUCUCAUAUAUUUUUACUAUUUUUUUAAUUAAAAAUUUUUUUUUCUUUUUUUUCCUUUCUUUUAUUUUCUUUUAAAGUCCUCUAUUACUCCUUAAUUUUCAUUUUCAUUUCACUAUAACCUUGCAAAAAAAAAAGACCUUAUUUUUAAAGCAAACUUCAUAUAUAUUUCUUAAAUUUUUUGUGUUUUUGUUGUGGAGGUCUUAAGCAGAAACUUAAAAAUGCAAAAUGAUUGCUCCAGAGUUUAUAACCUAACCAGAAAUUCUAUUUAUAGGUAUGACCUGGACUUAUUUCAUGACCAGUGUACAUAUCAUCUGCAAAUCAAAUAGUUCUCUCCCUAGAUUUGUGUAUUUCAAGGUGAUUUUAGCUCUGAGACCUUCACAUGGUUACCUAUUUCAGUAAAAGGAAACAGAUAGAAAAACAGAAUGUGGGGGGCUUUCCUGGUGGUCCAGUGGCUGGGAAUCAGCACUUCCAAUGCAGGGGGCCUGGGUUCCACCCCUGGUCAGGGAACUAAGAUCCCACACGCCACAGGGCAGCUAAGCCGUAUGCCACUUGGAAAUCCUGCAUGCCACAGCUAAGACCUGGCACAGCCAAAUAAAUAAAAAUAAAAUAUUUUUUAAAAAGAAAGAAAAAUAAGAUGUUUCUAAAUGUCUGGGCAUCUCAGGAUUACAUAGAAUGCCAAAAGUAACCUGCUAAACUUGGAUUUUUUUGGACAUAGUGACUCUAUUCAGUGUUCUGAGUUUAUGGCUAAGAGAUAUACAUAUGCCCAUGACUGUUUUGUCCACAUUGAUUCCUUUGAUUUAUGCUCCAAUUUCAUGUCAGGAAGCACUGAGAUGAGUAAAGUGGGAAAACAUACUCUGUUUAUGUGGUUGUGGUCAAUGAAAAGAGAGACCUUUAACCAGUCUGGUACUUAACUUUUUACCUGCUGCUGAUAAAAAGAAAAAAACAACUCUAAAAACUUUAGCUACUUAAGUAGUAAUAUAAAAACCAGUAGUUUCAUAUUAUGGUCAAAUCACACUUCACCUGGAUACAUUCCAAAAUCUAAUCUGAGUUUUUCCAUGCAAAUUUCAUGUAUCCUAAGGAGGUGGGGAAAUCUUGUUAUAUUAUCGGAAAUUGAAAAAUUGUAUGGCAAAGAGUCUCUUGAACAACAAUUUGUUUUAUGAAAUUCCUGAUAAAAUGAUUUUGAAGUUUUAAAAGUAACCACUUCCCUUCUUAUCCUAAUGUCCUUCCUUCAAAGCUGCUUAUUGUUUAGAAAUGAUGUCACAUCUCCCACUUUGACUAUUUUCAGUGGCAUAGCUGUGCAUUUGCCAUGUGAUAAUCCUGACUUUUAACUGUUAUAUGAUUUUAUGUUAUGUUGCUUUAUGUGGUUCAAAAACUGUAUGACACAUUGAGAUAUAUAAUCCUAUUGUGAAACUCACUGUGUACUACAAAGAAAAAUAAUUAUUUCAUGAGUUAGAAUCUAUCCAUAUAUAUUUCAAUGUGAUUGUUUCUAUAUCUGGAAAACAAGACUGAAAAAAAUAUGUAAUCAUAUCUUUCUGUUGAAACCGUGAAUGUGCUAAUUUUUUUUGUUAAUCUUUGUUUAGAAGUAGUAUGAGUUGCCGUUGUACAGCUGAUCUGGGGUAAGUGUUUAAGGUACAAUCCAACAAUUGUUUAAAAGUCAAGUCAACCCCUCGACUUUGCUACAUGUGACCUUUGAUACUUCUGGGGCGUUUUUUGCAUAAUGAGGCUUGCAUUUCCUGCUUGAUAAGUCAUUUCAAACAAUUUUCAUGUCUCAUGCAGAAACCAAAGCAACCUAGAACUGGCUGUUAGGGAUCUGUGUCUUCUGUAAAGCCAUAUUGAAGUGAAGGCUACGGGAUAGCCAAAGGUUCCAUAUUUUCAAAGCUACCACUACCUCUGCUUUUUCUCUUUUCCUAAAAAAUGCCAAACAAAAUUCUUCAACAUUGCAUAGGAAAUUAGAAGUGAUUGUUACAAGUUGCUGGGGUCUUGUUUUGUUUUUUACAUGAAGAUAUGUUCAGUUCAGUUCAGUCACUCAGUCGUCUCCGACUCUCUGCGACUCCAUGAAGCACAGCACGCCAGGCCUCCCUGUCCAUCACCAACUCCCGGAGUUUACCCAAACUCAUGUGCAUCGAGUCGGUGAUGCCAUCCAGCCAUCUCAUCCUCUUGUUGUCCCCUUCUCCUCCUGCCCCCAAUCCCUCCCAGCAUCAGAGUCUUUUCCAAUAAGUCAACUCUUCUCAUGAGGUGGCCAAAGUAUUGGAGUUUCAGCUUCAGCAUCAGUCCUUCCAGUGAACACCCAGGACUGAUCUCCUUUAGGAUGGACUGGUUGGAUCUCCUUGCAGUCCAAGGGAGUAAGCAUCUUUUAAUUUCAUGGCUGCAAUCACCAUCUGCAGUGAUUCUGGAGCCCAAAAAAUAAAGUCUGAAACUGUUUCCACUGUUUCCCCAUCUAUUUGCCAUGAAGUGAUGGGACCAGAUGCCAUGAUCUUAGUUUUCUGAAUGUUGAGCUUUAAGCCAGCUUUUUCACUCUCCUCUUUCACUUUCAUCAAGAGGCUUUUUAGUUCCUCUUCACUUUCUGCCAUAAGGGUGGUGUCAUCUGCAUAUCUGAGGUUAUUGAUAUUUCUCCUGGCAAUCUUGAUUCCAGCUUGUGCUUCUUCCAGCUCAGCGUUUCUCAUGAUGUACUCUGCAUAGAAGUUAAAUAAGCAGGGUGACAAUAUACAGCCUUGACUUACUCCUUUUCCUAUUUGGAACCAGUCUGUUGUUCCAUGUCCAGUUCUAACUGUUGCUUCCUGACCUGCAUAUAGGUUUCUCAAGAGGCAGGUCAGGUGGUCUGGUAUUCCUAUCGUUUUCAGAAUUUUCCACAGUUUAUUGUGAUCCACACAGUCAAAGACUUUGGCAUAGUCAAUAAAGCAGAAAUAGAUGUUUUUCUGGAACUCUCUUGCUUUUUCAAUGAUCCAUCAGAUGUUGGCAAUUUGAUCCCUGGUUCCUCUGCCUUUUCUAAAACUAGUUUGAACAUCUGGAAGCUCAGGGUUCACAUAUUGCUGAAGCCUGGCUUGGAGAAUUUUGAGCAUUACUUUAAUGGUGUGUGAGAUGAGUGCAAUUGUGCAGUAGUUUGAGCAUUCUUUGGCAUUGCCUUUCUUUGAGAUUGGAAUGAAAACUGAUCUUUUCCAGUCCUGUGGCCACUCCUGGGUUUUCCAAAUUUGCUGGCAUAUUGAGUAUGGCACUUUCACAGCAUCAUCUUUCAGGGUUUGAAAUAGCUCAACUGGAAUUCCAUCACCUCCACUAGCUUUGUUCAUAGUGAUGCUUUCUAAGGCCCACUUGACUUCACAUUCCAGGAUGUCUGGCUCUAGGUGAGUGAUCACACCAUCAUGAUUAUCUGGGUCAUGAAGAUCUUUUUUGUACAAUUCUACUCCUAAAUUCAUCAGUUUGUAAGUUUAUGCUAGGUUUUCUCAAUAACCAUUUUUACAUUUUAUAAAAACUGACCGAUGAAUAAGGGCCAGAAAGAAUACCUAGUAAGUCACCAGGUGAAAAGCCAGCAAAAUUAUAGAUGCAGAUUUUUCCCUAACCAGGAGUCACUGCAACGUGGUUAUUCAAAACCAUGAGGGGGAUAUUUCUCACAAUCUGAUUUCCCUAAAGCCCCUAGAAAUAAAUUUUCUCCUUAUUUGAUUUUAACCAUCAAAGAUACUAUGGUAUGGGAAAAAUCAGGCAUAUAUCAGAAAUAACCUUGUUUUGAUUUUUUUAUCUACAUGAACUAAUUAAAAUGUCUAUUUUUUUUAGUCUUAAAAAAUUAUAGAAGACUGUAGUCAUCUGAUUUAUCUUGCAUCUUUAGUUCCGUAAUCUUUAGUUAUUGCACAUUGUGCUUUCUGUUGCCCAUGGAUUUAUUAAUUUGUCUCCUUCCAUUUUGAGAGGACACCAUGGAUAGCUAAAUCCAUAUCAAGAGUAUGGGAGAUGCUGCUAACUGCUAUUACCAGAACAUCUUCAUUUUUUACUCCAUGCCACAAACGAUGUUUGCUAAACAAAAUCAUCCCAGUAUAAUAUUAUCAUUAUAUUUCUACUCAUGUUAUUGAAAAUACCCAGCUCAGUGCCUGGCUCAAUAAAUGUUUAUUCUCCUUGCUUCCCCUUCCUCUAUUUAUUUUUAUUUGAUAUGUAAAUGAAAAAAAUAACACGUGCCUGGCUGAAACAAUUUUCUUGAUGGAUUUUUGCUGCAAAAGGAUCUGUAAUCCAGAAACUAUUUAUAUAAAUUAGACCAAAACAAUUUUCCUCCUUUCUCUUUACCCUUCUGUAUGAUUGCAAAGUAUAAUUUCCCUCCUUUACCCCCAUCCCUCACACAAGAAGCUGCUAAAAAUAAAAAUAAAAUGAGAUGGAACCAAGAACCCAGGGAUAGAUCAGAAAAGCUCAUGUAAGUAUUAUAAAAUAAAGGAAAAAUCAAGCCAUUUGAAAAAUGGAAUGCUUUUGAACAGUAUGAUUCAUCAAUAUUACUAACAACAUCUCUUCUGACCAAAUUCAUUGGAUUAAGUGUAAAAUGCCAAUCUUUUAAUGGAUCUAGAUCUAGAAAUCUUUACCUACUGCUUAUGCUUGUGUUGCAGAAUUAUGGGAUGGUGUGGGGUUUGCUUUACAAAUUCUUCUGUGACUCCUAGAUUCUCUAAUGCCAUGUCUUACCAGGGAAUAAGAUAUUUCUUACAUGAGUAUCAUUCCCUAAAACUUGGCUUCUGUCAAAGACUGACUCCCCCAUGCUUACAUUGGUGCCAUCUGCCUUUAAUUAUUGGACACACGUUUACUUUGAAGCUGGAAAAAUUGGAGUGUCAGUCACCAGACAUAGCGUUCAUAUAAUAAUGAUGAGUUGCAGAAGUACUGUGUAGCUAAUUUUCCAAAAUGACAUGCUUUCCUAAAAGGAAACAGAAAUUAUAUGUUGCCACAUCUUUCCAGAACCAUAUCUGAAACCUUAACCCCACCAAACUCUACAACUGACUAAUCAACUUUUACACAUUCUAAAUCUCCCCUAUUUUGAGGGACUGUGAGAUAUAAUACCUAUUUAGCAGGAAUCUGGAUGUCUUGGAGUUGGAAGAUAGGGCAGGACUAUAGGAAAUGGGGGCUUCCCUGGUAGCUCAGCUGGUAAAGAAUCUUUGCAAUGCAGGAGACCCCAGUCCAAUUCCUGGGUCAGGAAGAUCCCCUGUAGAAGGGAUAGGCUACCCACUCUAGUAUUCUUGGGCUUCCCUGGUAACUCAGACAAUAAACAAUCCGCCUGCAAUACGGGAGACCUGGGUUCAACCCCUCGGUUGGAACGAUCCCCUGAAGGAGGGCAUGGCAUUCCACUCCAGUAUUCUGGCCUGGAGAAUCCCCAUAGACAGAGGAGCUCGGCAGGCUACAGUCCAUGGGGUCGCAAAGAGUCGGACAUGACUGAACGACUAAGCACAGCACAGCGCAUAGGAGACGGGGUUAUUGAAAAACCUCCAACAGGACCUUACCCGUUAGGGAAGCAGAUUGUCACAGUUUUAUCCUUCUGAAGAGUACAGAUGAGAUUAAACCCAUUCUUGAUAUUGUAAAGCGUAAUCUACUUUGAAGGUCUUGACACUUAAAUUGGAAUUCUUUUGCCCAUAACCUCACCUACUCCUGCUACCUAUACAAGUCUUAAGCAAUUUUGUCUUAUGAUCAGGUUCACACUAAAACUUAUACUUACCAAUGAACUUGAAACACAGGUACUUUUAUGAAUGUGAUAAAAUAUUUUUUAAGUAAAUCUAGAGGAUGUUAGUCAAAUACCACUUAGGUUGUCAGUUGGGGGAACACUGGUAUAAGCUAAGGGAGCUCAGGAAUUUUUAUUACUGUAUUUAUAAAUGUGUUUGAAAGAAUUUGUAAAUGUCACAGGUACAUUUUUAAGGUGAUACACAUUUGCUCCAUAAAUUAUUAAAAAUUAUGAAAUGAGUUUCAAUGACAUUUGGCAGUAGUUUUGCUUCAAGUGAUCAAUACUGAUAUUGUUACUGAACUAUGUAAUCUCAUGAUACAUUUUUCAAUACUUUUUCAGAGCAACUGCUUUUGCAAUGGUAGCAAUGCUUAAUUUAAAUUGAAUCAAUAAAUUUCUUCCUAAGCAAUGAU